AUGAGGCUAACGGUUGGAAGGGAUCCGUCUGCUGUAGAAAAAAUAAAAGAUUUUGUAGAAUGGCUAUUGGAUAUAGGAGAAGGAAAACUUGGUGGUCAGAAUGACGGUGAAACGGUUAUUGAUAUUCCGGAUGAUAUUCUCAUUAGUGAUCCAAAUGAUCCUAUAGGUUCAUUAAUUGAGUUUGUAUAUACUUCGAUUUUGGAUAAUUACAACAAUACAAGUUAUUUUCAAGAAAGAGCAAUACUAGCUCCAAAGAAUGAAGUGGUUCAGGAAAUAAAUGACCGUUUUCUAUUGAAGUUUCCAGGAGAUGAGGUUGAAUAUUUAUGUUCAGAUAGUAUAUGCCAAUCUGAAUUUGUACAUGAUCAGUUUGAUGCAUAUUUAUACUCACCUGAUGUUUUAAAUGGUCUCAAAGUUUCGGGUUUACCAAAUCAUAAGUUAGUUUUAAAAAUCGGUGUUCUGGUUAUGUUACUAAGAAAUAUUGAUAAAAAAAAUGGCUUAUGUAAUGGAACAAGACUCCAAGUGAUAUCAUUGGGCAAACGUGUUAUCGAGGCACGUAUCUUAUCUAGAACUAAUAUUGGAAAUCAGACAUUUAUUCCAAGAAUGUCUUUAACGCGAUCAGAAAAAAAAUUUCAUUCAAAUUCAAAAGAAGACAGUUUGGCUGUAUGUUUUGCUAUGACUAUUAAUAAGAGUCAAGGACAGUCGUUAUCCAAGGUUGGCUUGUAUCUCAAAGAUCCUGUUUUUUCACAUGGGCAAUUAUAUGUUGCCUUAUCUAGAGUUCAAAGCAGAGAGGGAUUAAAAUUGUUAAUUUUAGAUAAGGAUGGUAAGCUAACCAAUAAAACUUCCAAUGUUGUUUAUAAGGAAGUUUUUGGUAAUUUAUAA